AAGGAGAGCAAUUUGGCAACAUCGCAUUUAAAUUCAGUGGUGCUUGAUUUUUUUUGGUGUCAGGCAGUAGUCGAGUAAAGCUGUGAUCAUAACAGCUUGUGUGAUUUGUAUUGUAGCUUUGAUUUGUAAGAAUCUUAAAUUUUAAUCCCAAACUUCUGUCCACUCUGUCAAAAAGUGUCCGAUGCCAGUCAAAACAGACGUUCACGUACCACCGCCGGCAAAUUCGCAUCAGCCAGGAGUGUGUCGAUCGCUUUUAUACAAUGGUUCUCGAUUUCAGGGUCAUCAGAAAUCUAAAGGAAAUUGUUACGAUGUAGAAGUUGUACUUCAGCAUGUUGAUGAGGAGAAUUCAUAUUUAUGUGGCUACCUGAAAAUCAAAGGUUUAACCGAAGAAUUUCCCACUCUUACUACUUUCUUUGAUGGUGAAAUCAUCAGCAAAAGAUUCCCUUUCCUCACUCGCAAAUGGGAUGCUGAUGAAGAUGUUGACAAGAAACAUUGGAGCAAGUUUCUGUCAUUUUAUCAAUAUGCAAAAACUUUCAAUUCAGAUACUUUUGACUAUGAUGCCAUGCAGGAGACAGAUUAUGUCUUCAUGAGAUGGAAAGAACAUUUUCUGGUGCCUGAUCAUACUAUCAAAGAUAUUAAUGGGGCCAGUUUUGCUGGUUUUUACUACAUCUGUUUUCAAAAGUCGACAGCCACGAUCGAAGGCUACUACUACCACCGCAGUUCAGAAUGGUAUCAAUCGCUGACGCUCACUCACGUGCCUGAGCACAGCAUUCAAAUUUACGAAUUUCGAUAAAAUUCCUUCCACCAAAUAUCUUGUUUGUUGAAAAAAAUAAGCAUGAAUAACGCCCAUCCCGAGUUGUAAUAAGAGAAAAUCGUUUCGCCUUCUAA